CCAGGCCGGGGGGCGGAGGGCCGCCGUGGCGUCGGGCCCCGGGCCGAGCCGGGGGUGGGAGCUCGGAGGCCGAGGCGCCCGCGGUUGUGGGCGAGCGUCCGUGUGGUCUGGUUCGGGCCAUGUUCGCGUGAGGACGACGCCGCCGCCCGCGUCCAGACUCGGCCCGGCCCGCCGCGCACCAUGGGCUCCAUCCUGAGCCGCCGCAUCGCGGGCGUGGAGGACAUCGACAUCCAAGCGAACUCGGCCUAUCGCUACCCUCCGAAGUCCGGGAACUACUUCGCCUCUCACUUUUUCAUGGGAGGUGAGAAAUUCGACACACCCCACCCCGAAGGCUACCUCUUUGGAGAGAACAUGGAUCUGAACUUCCUGGGCAAUCGCCCGGUCCAGUUCCCUUAUGUCACCCCUGCCCCCCAUGAGCCUGUGAAGACACUGAGGAGCCUGGUGAACAUCCGAAAAGACUCCCUCCGGCUUGUGAGGUACAAAGACGGUGCCGACAGCCCCUCCGAGGACAGCGAGAAGCCUCGUGUCCUCUACAGCCUGGAGUUCACCUUCGAUGCCGACGCCCGGGUGGCCAUCACCAUCUACUGCCAGGCAGCGGAGGAGUUCCUCCACGGGACAGCUGCGUACAGCCCCAGGAGCCCGUCCCUGCAGUCCGAGACAGUCCACUACAAGAGAGGGGUGAGCCAGCAGUUCUCCCUGCCCUCCUUCAAGAUCGACUUCUCUGAGUGGAAGGACGAGGAGUUGAACUUUGACCUGGACCGGGGCGUGUUUCCAGUGGUCAUCCAUGCCGUGGUGGACGAAGGAGACGUGGUGGAGGUGACAGGCCAUGCCCACGUGCUCUUGGCCGCCUUCGAAAAGCACGUCGACGGCAGCUUCUCUGUGAAGCCUUUAAAGCAGAAGCAAAUCGUGGACCGGGUCAGCUACCUGCUGCAGGAGAUCUAUGGCAUCGAGAACAAGAACAGCCAGGAGACAAAGCUCUCAGAUGAGGAGAACAGUGACAACAGCAACGAGUGUGUGGUGUGCCUGUCGGACCUGCGGGACACGCUGAUCCUGCCGUGCCGCCAUCUGUGCUUGUGCAACUCCUGCGCCGACACGCUGCGCUACCAGGCCAGCAGCUGCCCCAUUUGCCGUCUGCCUUUCCGGGCGCUCCUGCAGAUCCGGGCGGUGAGGAAGAAGCCAGGAGCACUGUCCCCCAUCUCCUUCAGCCCGGUUCUGGCCCAGAGUGUGGACCACGACGAGCACUCUUGUCCCUUUAAAAAAUCAAAGGCGCACCCCGCCUCACUGGCCAGCAAGAAACCUAAAAGGGAAACAAGCUCGGACAGCAUCCCACCUGGCUAUGAGCCCAUCUCCCUGCUCGAGGCGCUCAAUGGCCUUCGGGCCAUUUCCCCCGCCAUUCCUUCAGCCCCCCUUUAUGAAGAGAUCACCUAUUCGGGCAUCUCUGAUGGCCUGUCCCAGGCUAGUUGCCCACUUGCUGGCCUUGAUCGGAUCAUGGAAAGCAGCAACCAGAAAGGCAAGCCGAGGACCAAAUCCCCCGACAGUACCCUGCGGUCCCCAUCGUCCCCCAUCCACGAGGAGGAUGAGGAGAAGCUCUCUCCGGACUUGGAGGCCUCGCCCCCGCGGGGUGGGGUGCGACUGGCGCUGAGCAGCUCCCCAGAGAGCCUCGUGACGGAGGAGGUCGAUGGGACAUCGUCACUGAAGCAGGGAAGCCGAGCGUCCUCCAUUGAGAACGUCCUGCAGGACGGCAGCCCUGAGCCCUGCCGAGGCCCACCUGGCCUGCCUGCUGACAUUUACCUGCCAGAGCCUUCGCUGUGGAAUGUGCUGCUUUGUCCGAGGGCUUCGCUAACUGAGCGUCCGUCUCUCUCCUCUGCACAGCCCUGGGGCCCGACUCCUGCUCUGCUGGUGUAGAGGAGUAAGCCGGAUGGUCCACCUCCGUGGAGACGCCCCGCAGCCUCCGCACCACCGGCCUCCCCCGGCCCAUGCUUGGUGACCCCAGGCCUGCUCCUGGGGCCACCGAGCGGACUCCACUCUGAGAGUCUGGCCAGCCUGGCAGCAUGGAGCCCUCGGCUCCCCAAACUUUGCCAAGGGGCCACCCGGACUCCAGCGUGACCCCCAGCCUCUCCUGUCUGCACGCCCUGUGUGGCCACUGGCUCCAAGGGGCCAUGCAACCCUUGAUUAAAGAGCACAGUGGACUGUC